AUGAAAGAUCCUUUCGUGUCCGACUCUGGUAUUGAUUCGCCGACACGCGAUAGUAUAAAAAUUAUAGACGGGUGUUAUAGCAGAAAUAUUUUGAAGACUAAGCCUUUUUUAAAUUCACGUCGCGCAUUGCAAUCCAGUGCAGAGAAAAUUUCUAAAACAUUCAAAAGCGUUAGAAAUACCUUUGGUAAUUUAUCGCAGCAUUUUAGACUGGGUGGUAGAUGCAGACAUAGGCUUGCAGAAGCUGGUUCUCCUUGCAAGUCUCCUUCCACACCGGUUGCCAAGAAAAAAGGGUUACUUGGCAGAAGCCCAACAAAGCUGUACAGCCCAUUUGGCAUUGAGACACCACAUAGUCGGGACUUUAGGAUGUCACCAUACAUGCCUGAUACUCCUGACAGUCUUUCGCCAAAGAGGCGUAAGGGCGUCACCCAUUCCUGGCAUGUGUUGGCUAAGAAGAGACCCAGGGCACUGUUCCACUAA